UAUAGUCGCUGUUUUGCAUAUUCUUUAACCAGGCUUACGUUUAGAAUUUACCGCAUUUAGUUUCAGAACCUGCAACGAAGCGGUUGAUUGGCGCUUAAGCAGUUCAAUUCAAUUAAAAAAAUUCGGUUUGACUUUGAUUCGGCGAUUUUUCAAUUUUAACACUAAAUUACAAGUUUUUAUCCUCAAAAUAAAUUAAAAGCAGUUAUUUUAAGUUCAGUUAAUAACAGCAGUUAAAUUUAGUAUGAGACUCUACAGCUUGUUUUUGCUAAGCACAAUUUUUUUUGUUGCGUUAGCGAGUGCGAAAUUUGCUUACGAAAGGGGCAGUUGCGAUAUAUCAAUUUUUAGUGUUGUGCAAGAUAUGCUGAAGAGUGAGGUGCGUGCACUGAUAGAUCCCACAUUACGUUACGGAACUAACAAACGUAUAAGAUAUGAUCUGUAUACGCCAUAUAAUCCCUAUGAACGACAAAUAUUACGCACCGGCGAUGUUGCAGGCUUAAAAAGAUCUUUCUUUAAUCCUAAAUGGCCUGUAAGGUUCUCUAUACACGGUUGGGCUGGUAAAGGUAUGUCUUGCUCUAAUGCUGCCAUUAAGGAUGCCUAUUUAGCGCGUGGGAAUUUUAAUGUAAUCAUUGUUGAUUGGAGUGCGCAUGCUAAUGACAUUAAUUAUGCAAGAAUAUCUAAACAAUUAUCUUCAAUUGCUGCAAAUUUUGUAAAGUUUGUUAAUUUUCUACACCGUGAAACAGGUGUCGCAUAUGAAAAUAUUUAUCUGAUUGGACACAGUGCUGGUAGUCAUUUUUCUGGAUUGGCUGGAAAAUUAAUCAAACCAAAUCGUUUUGGCGCUAUAUUUGCUUUAGACCCAGCUGGUUUAACACAACUUAGUUUAAGUGAAAAAUAUCGUUUAGCAUCUACUGAUGCACUUUAUGUUGAAUCCAUACACUCGGACAUUACUUUACUUGGUAAUCCGAACACUGAACUUAGUCAAGCAUCGUUUUAUCCAAAUUGGGGUCUAGGGCAACCACAAUGUCCAAACGCGACCUCUGCAGAAUUUGAUUUUUCUUGUGAUCACUUCGCGGCCUUGUAUUACUUUGCAGAAUCUGUAAGAAAUUCUAAGAUGUUUGGUGCAGUUAAAUGCAACGCAUUUAAAAACAAUAACUACAGCAAUAUCUAUAGCGACAGCGACAUCAGCAGCAGUAGCACCAGCAAUAGUGACAGCAACAACAUUAACAACAACAUCGAUGGAAAGUACAAUUGUAGUUGUGAACAUGGCGCUGCAGUUGAUGUGUGCAAUGCUGUUACAUUUAUGGGUGGUGAACCAGCCGUACCAAAGAGUGGUGUUUACUACUUGAGUACACAAACUAGGUCGCCAUAUGGAUUUGGCAGAUUGGUACAUAUGCGACCAGCAAUUAAUCCGAAUUUUUUGAAAAGCAGCUUUUUAUCGCAACGAGUUAUUGAUAAAAUUUAUUUUGUAUCAUAGUUACAU